AUGAACGACUUUGAUUCUAUCGUUCAAUUGAUUUUCAGUUCUGCAAAGAAGGUUCGUUCACUUCGAGCACAGUAUGAUGAAUUGCGUCAAAUGACUUUAGCGUCCAACUUUAAACAAGCACUGAACAAUGGAUCUAACAAGGAAUUUUUUGAGAAAGUAUUUGUCCUCUUAAAAGAUUGUCCAGUGAAAGAGACUGCUAUAAUAAAAGGAUUAGUCGACCUUAUUGAGUAUUCAUAUUGUAGAUGUUUCAUACCACAACAUAUGUACACAACAGCAGUAGAGACGGUGCUUGAGUCUUAUAAGUACUCACCAAACCUCACAGUAAACAAUUCGUUUAUUAACUGCUUGAGACAGUCAACACUCUCACCAAUCCAUCCUACACACGACGAUCUCCUUUUGAAGUCGUUCCAAGUACUCUUCGAUGCGUCGCUGAUGACAAACAUUCACACAACAACGUUGUCAAAUUGUGUCGACGACAUUGCGGAGAUCAUUAAAGGGUUACUCAUUAACACUGAAAUUGCAACGAUGAGAAGUUCGGAAGAAGAGACACGCCCGUCUGGACAUUCUCGAAACUCCUCGACUAGUCCAGUGACUCCAAUUUCACCAGUGUUCUCCGACGUCUCUAAAUCGUUUGCAGAUUCGUUUGAAAUUUUGGAUUUCUUGUACACGCUGACCACGACUCGGUGGUCACAACGAGAAAUUGGGUCGCAGUCGUUUAAAUAUUUUAUUCAGACGAUGACAAACGAAGCGAAGGAAAUGAUCGACUUGAAGUGUAAAAUACAAGCGAUUCGAUUUUUAACGGUGUGGAUUUCAAACUUUUCAAAUGAAAUUAAAAAGUCUGACAUGUUUUUGAAAUCAGAGAGACAACGUGUGGUGGUCCAGAAGAUCACAAACACUGCUAUUUAUUCCUUGACUGAAGAACUCUUGUUCACUGAAGGAAUCUCUUUGAUCAAAGCAGUGUUAGACCACCCCGACUUGUUUAAAGGACUCCUCAACGAACUCUUUUACGUUGUUUUUGUGUCUGUUCUGAGACACCCAAACACAACGCAGUCGAUGAAACUGAAGACGUUGGAAGUGUUCAAUAAAGUCACUGAAAAGCGGAUGCUCCCACAAUUGUACAUCAAUUGCGACUGUGAGUUGUAUGGUGAAAAUGACGUGUGGAACAUAUUCAAUAUACUGCUGUAUGUAUCGGAGAACGAGAGCGAUGAACUAGUCAAAAAGGCUGCACUGAGCACUCUUCAAAUUUUGAUUAACUCCCUCAAACAAGACGUUGUCGAGCCAACUCACGGUGAAAUUGAUAUUGAAGAGCUCAUCCAACAUAAAACCCGUUUUGUGGAGAUUUGCAAGAUAUUUAAAGAAGACGCCAAGAAGGGGAUGAGACUGUUCUUCGACGAAAAGUUUUGCGAGGAGACACCUGAAGGUGUUGUCGCGUUCUACACAAACCACAUCGACCUCGACAAAGUUGCUAUCGGCGACUAUGUUGGGAAACCGGACCCUUUUAAUGUCUCUGUAUUGACAGCUUUGAUUGCGUCACUGAAUUUUAAAGGGAAGGAAAUAGAUGAAGCGCUUCGUUUAGUUUUUGAAGCGUUUGUGAUGGGAGGGGAGUCACAAGUUGUUGACCGCGUGAUGGAGAGUUUUGGUAAGUUUUAUUAUGAAGAGAACAAAGAGCGUCUCGUUGCCUUAAAUUUGACGUCGGACAACGUCUAUCAGUUUGCGACAAGUGUGAUAUUUCUGUCGACGGAAUCCCACAACCCAUCUGCAAAAACAAAGGCGAUGGACACGUACGAAAAGUUCAAAGAUGUAAUAACAUCAGGGUUUGGGAUAACACUGGAUGAUGGGAUGUUAAAAGGAGUCUUUGAACGGACAACUAAAGAGGCGUUUUACUUCCCGGACAUAUCAAUUGUGGACAAAAUUCAAGCCAUGGACAAAAUCGAUAUGCAAGGCAAAAAACGGUUUGCGGUUGUCCAGCAAGAUUUGAGGAAGUUGAAUGCGUACGCGCGACAAAAGGCUGUUCUGAGUAAUUUCACACCAUUCAUCCCUGUCGCACCACAAUGUGUUCCUCUGAAAAUCUACGACUUGGUCAUUCAAAAUGUUUCAAAGACGAUUUCGAAGAUAUUUGAAGAGGUCCAGAGUAUGGAAAACAUCAAAAUGCUGUUAAAAACAGUGGUCGACUUGAUCCAUAUCUCAUGUAUUACCGUCCACCCAACGAAAAGUUCGUUGAUUGAUAUUCUUAUUCAAAUGAUGCGUAUGAAUGAAGUCGAGAAAAUUACACCAAGAAAUAUGGUGGCCGUACAAACGAUGUUGAUGGUAUGCGGCGUCGAGUGCAACAAUUUGGAAGAGUGUUGGGAAAGGUGUUUAUCUUCUCUUCUACGUGUCGAACGAAUACAUAUGAUCGCUUCUGGAUGGAAGGAUGACGUCCCUCCCAAAAUGAGCAAAGAUGAGAGAAUUUCCAAAUUUUCUGUGUACAAAUCUUCAUACAAACAAGACGGUGACAAAGAAGAAAUAACAGCAGAAAAAAUUCCAUCAUGUGUAUUGGACGUGGGAGACUCCGAUUUAAUCAAUUUGUAUAAUACACUGGAACUUACUGAUGAAGCGGUUGUGUACUUCUUUAAAGGCAUUUGUGGUGUUGCGAUUAAGGAAUUGGAAGCGCCGAUUCCGCGAAUCAACAUCUUACAACGGAUUGUGAUAUGUUUGAAUGCAAACAUCACUCGCCCUGAAAUGGUGUGGCACAACAUCCUCAAACACUUGGUACCUUUUUACAUCCGAUGUGGGUUACAUCCCGUCGAGAAUGUUGCGAUGAGUGUCAUUGACAAUUUGAGACAACUUACUAUGGAAAUAAUGACGAAAAAAGAGUGUGACCUUCCAAUUCAAAACGAGUUGUUCAAAAGUUAUGUAGUGGUUGUGUCGGACCACCCGAGCCCACAAGUUCGAGAUUUUGUGAUCCAAGUCCUCCACCAAAUUUUCACGAACAAAAAGUAUUACGAGAACAUGAAAUCGGGGUGGGAAAGUCUGUUUGAGAUAUUUCUGUUUGCUUCUGUGGACUGUCCAAGUGUGUCGAUUAACUCUUUUCAAUUCUUUAAAAACGUUUUUAAAGUCUUUGAGAAGAGUUCUGAGUACGAGACAUUUUACUUUGACUUUCUCAGAUGUUUGAAGUCUUUUGGGUCUUUAAAAUCAGUUGAAGAAGUCGAACUGCAAGUGCUCACGUUAACACAAGUGGUGAUCACCAACCGCUUGGGAACAAACAAAGAAAUUACUUUGAAUGACCAAUUCUAUGAACAGCUCUUACCACUCUUCGAACUUUUGGGACGUAAUAUCCACUCAACGUAUGUUUCUGUCUCGACGAGUGCGGUCGACAUCUUCUUCACAUUGAUCCGCGAAUUCAUUCCAGUCUUCACACCCGACUUGACAGAAGUCAUACUGAAAACGUGUAUAUUACGUUUGUUUACUAUUGACGUCCCACAAAGCUGGGUAACCAACUCUGCGGAGAACUUGUUUCAUAAAACGCUCGAGUUUCUUCUUGAGAACGCGACCUUUGUGUUUCUUCUCGAGAAGAUCCUUGACUUUGCUAUGUACGUCAUUUACAAUGAAGGAAACAAUUUCACGUCUGCAGCACUGUCGUUUAUUAAUCGUUUCAUCAGUGGUGUCUGUGAGAAAGGGGAAGAGAAGAUGCUUGAAGUCUUUAUUAAUAAAUUUGCGCUUUUCUGCGAUUGCAUUGUACAAUUUGUCCCAAACUUUGAAAAGUUCCAGUCCACCCUGCAAACACCACAGAAGAGUCCAAGUGUUCCGCGAGUCGAGGUAAAAACUUCUGACAAAGCCGUCGACCUUCCAGCGAAAGUGAUCAAUGGAACAUGUUCUGUCAGAGAUAUUGCAGUCAAAAGUGUUAUUUGGAAGACACUGAAAAACACCGGAAGGCAUGUCUUGAGAGUGUCCAUUUGUUCAAACUGUCAGAAGAAAACAAUUUAG